AUGAGACUCUCUCCUCCAGCUCCCGUAUCACCCAGACCAACUCUUUCGAAAAGCAUCCCCAUAAACUCGCCGGAAAAGCCUCUGGAAAUCUCACACUGGAAAGAACAAUGGAAGAAUCUGGUGCAAUUCCUGUCGGUAAAACAACACGUCGAUACAUGGUGUCAUUUCAGCCAUCCUAGACAGUUAGAUCUUCCGAAUUUGAAAGUACUGCAAAUUGACGCUCAAAGGAAUAAAGACAACUCAUGGACUUCGAGUGAUUUCCAUAGAUGGUCAUCCAAUAUUAACAAUCAAUUCUGCCCUUUGUUGAAAGGUCUUCGUCCAAAAGUAGCGAUCAUUCGAAAUGUCGGCAAUACACCAUUCGAAGCCCAAUGUCGAGGAGUACCUAUCAGAACCUGGACAGAGGUCGAAACGCUCAUCAUGAUUUCAUCAUCGAUAAGUCAGCACGAACAUCUUAUAUAUCGCCAUCCUCCUCCCGGUCUCAUCAAUUUACAAAAGGUGAUCUGGAUAUGCGAUCCUCAGGCAUUCCGAUCAACUCCCUCGGGCCCCCUCUUACAGCCUCUCAUAUCGAGUGAAACCUCAAUAUAUACCGGAUACGUUUUGCUGUCGCACCUCUUGCAGAAGUUUGUCGAUGUCCCCAUAACGAUCGUCAAUCUGGGUCCAAGCGCUCGGUAUCGAUUGUAUAGUUCUGUCUCUGCCGAUCUAGAAGAUGGCGAAUUGACUUCAGAAGAUGUCUUCAGACAUAAUUUAACCCAUCUAGUCGAGAAUACAUCCACACCCAUCAGGAAAGACGAUUUGCCCAGAAAGCAGGGAUUGAUCGGUUUUAUGAGUCUUGAGGAAUUCCUGGAGAAGGAGAAUUGGAAAGAUUGGUUCGAAGAAGAAGAAAUGAUGAACUGGGUGGAUAUCAUGGGUAAGCACAAUGGUCAGGAGGAAAUCGAAGGGUAA